AUGCUUUUCAAUGAAGCCAAAGUCAACGGUAUUUUGGGUGAUAUGGAAGCUUCAUCAUCAGACUACAGCGAUGAAGAGGUGGGCGUGUUAGCGCGAGGUCAAAAGCUAUGGGUUAGAGGAGUUCGCUCGCAUACCACUUGUGCUGACAUAGUUCGAGCAUUGCAAGAUGCGCCGGAGGCAGGUGGCUCGAGCGACAACGGUGAAUGGGUGCUGGCUGAACGUUGGCGUGGUGUGGAGAGACCCUUACCCCCAGAUGUACCUGUGCUACAUGUACUCGCUGCUUGGGGAGAUGCUAGACAUGAGGUACGCCUUUCUCUACGACGGUUGUCAAGUGGUGGCGAAGAUGACUCGGGUAGAGACAGCGACGGCGGCAGUAAAGCGAGGUCGAGGCGAAGGAGGAAGGGAAUUAGAACUGUCACUCCACCACCCAGGUCUAGGAGUGAAGACCCCGCAGCCAGACUUGUAUCCGUUAUACAGCAUCAAAGCAAAACUAUUCAUCAACAGCUCGACAAAUUAAGGGAGCAAGAAAAACUCAUCGAUCAUUUAGAAGACCAAACACACAAGAACCGCAUGGAAAAACAUGGAACCAAUUAUCUCCUCGAAUCAUAUCUUAGAGACUUAGGAAGAUCUAGCGAAUUGAAUGACAGUCAAGCCGGCAACAGCGACAGUGGAGUAGGAGUCGGAAGUGGAACACCUCCAAGAAGACACACGAAACACAAAUCAAGGCGAGAAAGACAUCUAAUGAGAGAACAUUACUUCACUAAAGAACUUACUGAUAUAUGUCAAGUUAAUUCUGAAAGACUGAUACAGACAGCAAACGACACAGACUCUGAUGCCUCAGCCGACGAACUUUCUAGAAUACGCGAGGAAAUUGAAUUGUUAGAGAAACUCGCAAUAAUCAAUAAGAGAUUACAUCGUGAGGAAGAGCUCGUAGUACGAUUAACGGCUAAGGUGAAAAGGUAUAUGGAUGAAAAAGAAGCUAACAGCUGCGAAAACGUAUCACAAGUUACCCUGUUGAUAAACAAAAUAGAAGAAGAUCUGGACAGUACUACAAAGGAGAUGCAAGAGAACACGUUAGAGUUAGAAAGAGCAGAUAAAGAAAUAGAAUUCAGAAUGAAAUUAUUAGACGAACUAUCGCUAGAGUUAGAGAAAGAAGAAUUACAAAACACUAUAUUAGAGAGACAAUUGAAUGAAGCAUCUAAUCGACAACCAAUUAUUCUGCAAGAGAGUUACAUGCCAGUUUUAGAGCAAAACAACGUAAAUCAACCAGUUUUUGCGUACAGUGGGAACAGUUACGUGUUAGAUACCCUUGUA